AUGUAUCGCCGCAAUCGAUCGACCGAUUAUACAUUAUUUUCUCUUAUACUCCUGGUUUUCAUUAUCGGGAAUAAAUUUGCCAACGUGGAUAGUUUCAACGGUGUAAUAUGGAGUGAUGAUAAAAAUGAUUUUGUAAGAAUCUUCGACGUCCCAUCAUUCGCGAAACUACACAACGAUAUUAUCGCGAAAAUCAGAUCAACGGAGGCCUACAAUUUCAACGGUACAACUUUAAAGCUCACCGCAUUUCCGAUUAAGAAUCUUAUAACUUUUCGCAACAACAACACCGUAGCCAGUGGCCUGCAUGGCGACGUGUGGGAACUUAUCGCCGACACUUUAAACUUCAAAAUUCGGUACACUUCGAUAAGUGAGCACGAAUACGGGACUCAAAGUAAGAAUGGUUCGUGGGACGGACUGAUCGGAUACAUUUAUCGAAACGAAACAGACAUAAUACCACGAACCGUGGUCUUCCCAUCGCGAACAACGGCCUUGCAAUUCACCCUGCCGAUGUGGAUGACGGGGUACAGAUUGUACGUAAGAAAACAACUGCAACAUCACAAUACGUGGAUGAUCGAAUUGUUCAGACCGAGCUUGUGGAUGUCGACAAUCGCCCUUUUCUUCGUAUUGGUUUUCGCAAGUUUUUUACAGCAGACGUUAAACUCGGGGAAGAUGAAGGGGACAAAAGAAGCCGAUCAUACGGCCUCCUGCACCCUGAGAGAUAAUUUUUUCUACGUAUUUUCUAUUUACUGUAACCAAGGCUGGCUACCGUCGCUGUUCGAAAGGCGUGCCAAGAUCCUGCUGCUAUCGACUCGCCUUUUCUCGUGGCUUCUGAUCAUCGCGUUCAGCUCUAAACUAAUAUCGCACGUAACGCAGCGGGAAUUUCAGACACCGUUUGAGGAUCUGGAAUCGCUUUACAGAGAUACGAACUACAAAGUGGCCGUGAAACAGAACUCGUUCGUCUAUUCGAUUUUCGCGAGAUCGAUGAGACCGAUUUACAAAAAGAUAAUGAACAGCAACAGGCUUAGUCCAGGAAUCGACUUGGAGUCGUACGAGAAAGUCUGCACCGGAAAGUACACCUAUUUCGAAGCUCAGGACGAAAUGGAGGCGAAAAAUUCGAAACUCUGCGACAUGACAUACGUUGGGAAAAAUUACUACAACGGUUGGGUCGCAGGAGGACUCGUUCGCGGAUUUAAGCACACAAAAGCGAUCAACACGGGGGUACUGAAACUACUCGAAAAUGGGGCGAUACAACGUCUGAAAUCGAUAUGGCUAGCGCCGAGUUCGAAGCUGGAAUCAAACUCGAGCGUGUCAGAAUCUAUCGCUCUUCAUCACCUCUCCCUCAUAUUCGCGAUGCUGUUGGGGGCAACGAUUUUGUCAUUCGUUAUUCUGCUGAUAGAGAUCGCAAUUUACCGUUAUUUUAAUCGCCGACAAAUAAUUAUAGCCGGAAAAAGGCCGCCGAUCUGAUUACAUCUCAAAUAUAAUUCCAAUAAUUCGCGCAUUCGUUAUAGGAGACGUGACAAGAAAUCUGCAUCGUAGAUUCAAUUCUUACAAUUAGAAAAAAGAUGGCAGAAUGUUGAGUAACGAACGUGUUCGACUUACCAUUUC